CAAUUUGCUCCGCACCACCGACCAGCGUACAGACCAUAGCAACCGAACAACGCGCCGCCGCCGCCGCUCCCUCUCCACCUCCAUUUCCUGGACCCCUGCCCCCUCGCCUCCCCCUUUACCGGGGCCCGCGCACCAGCAUCCUUCGGCAGCCGCCGCGGUCCCGCUGCCGCUCGCUUCGCCUACCGAUCCGUGUCCGUGCGAGACGCGGGAGGUAUUGGCGCCGGAGGCAGGCCAGGAUGUUCUCCGGCGACUGGACGCCGCCGUGCGGCAGCUGCUGCACCAAGAAGUACGCGAGCCUCGUGCAGAUCCCAUGGAGGGUGUUCUGCAAGAAGGGGUGCAACGCGGACGGCGACACCUGGGACGAGUGCAUAGGAAAAUGUACUGAAAUAUGCUACAAAGAUCCGGUGUUAGAAGAUCGCCAGUGGAGCGCCUAUAUUGAUCGAUCUCCAGGGCAGGAUAGUUACUCUUUGGAAUGCUUCAAUGCUUGUGUGUCUGGCUGUGGAUACAGGUUUGAUGUCCCAACGGAGAAGGUCGAAGAGAUCAAGCCCAAUAGGCCGUCCAAGCCGCCAGCUCCUGAACCUGAUGUGAAACGAACUAAGAGUCCAGAUUGUACUGAAGAUGUGCCAUGCACAUCGGCCUAGAUUGAGGCCCCGUUUGGUUCCUCUUACUAAAUUUUAGCUAGCUAAAAUUAUUUUAGCUACUCUUGGGUGACUAAUGGAACUAAACUAUUUUAGCUCUAUUUUAGCUCCUUUUAGUCAAUGUGUUUAGAACUUUAGCUACUAAAGUGACUAAAGUUUAGCUCGCUAAAAUUUAACAAGGGGAACCAAACAGGGCCUGAGUGUUGACGUGCCUCAAAUUUUGUAAAGCCGAUGUGCUUCUGCAUGUUGUAUUCCUACUCGACCUAAUUUCUCUCUGGGAAACACGCGAGAAAUUUAUCUAGCUUAGGGUGAAGAUUUACUGCACUGGCCGUGAGAGGUGAUGGCCUGGCUGAAGGUUUGAUGGCCUGAUGAGGAAUGCGACAAUGUAAUGUACACAAGUAAUGGAGUCAGAGUUUCUACUCCAUGCCAUGCAUGACAUAUUUCAUAGCCUCACGAUACUGAAUUAUCUUUCGGUUCAA